AUGGGUAAUCGGGUUGUCCUAUCAAAUGCGACAAAAGUAGGGAGAAAUCGUUUAAAGCGUUCUUGGGCUGAUGAAUUGUUGAAUACUUUUGGUCAAGUGGCAUGCUAUGAAACGGCUAUUCCAGGAAUGGAUCAUUUGACACAAUUCGUCGUGGAAGUGAACUCCUAUGAUGACUUAUUUGACCUUGACUACCUCAAAAUGCUAUGUUCAUUGCAUACCUCUCUCAACGAUCAAUUACAAUUAUUUGCCAAUAUGACACCAUACAGGAAUAUAUGGAGCUUACCGAACUAUUUGUCGUGCUUGUCACCCAAUCUUCUGACCAAUUGUUCAUUCCUUGCUGACUACGAUGUACAGUCUGCUCAUACUAUCAUUGAUUACUGUCGAUUAUAUCGUCGUGAAAUCAUCAACUGUCGUCGGGAUUGUUAUUUGGAUUGUCCUCGUUGCUUGAAUGUUCCCAGGAACUGUUCCACUCAGAUGAUUUUUGACAUAUUUUAUCGAAUUUUACCGAAGAAUCUGAACGCAAAACCGAUCUAUAUCAACGGUUUCUUGCCAAUUUUUACAUCAUCUGGAUAUCGAUCACAAGGUUUCUAUCAAGGAACCAUACAACAUUACCUGAAUUUGCAAGAUGCUUUCAGAAACUUUUCCAUGAAACAUCGAAAAUUCGUAUUAAAAGGAUUAUCAAUGGAUAUCAAACGUGAUCUUCUCUAUGAUGGUGCCAAACGUGAUUCUCUCCUUGCUUGCGGUGCUGCAUUUACCGUAUUCCUAAUUGUCUUCUUAUAUUCACUUAAUAUUUUCUACUGUAUUACGGUUGCUUUCGUGCUAUUUGCAUCAGUUCUAAGUGCUUUAGCGGUAUAUUCCUUAUUUACGGUCGAUUUUCCACUCCUAAAUUUGGUCAUAUUUGUCCUUCUGCUAGCAAUUGGCUCAGAUGAUGCUUUCAUAUUAUUGAAUUCAUUUCCGGAAGAUGUGACAUCACAAGGUAUUCAUCACUGUUUGUCACAUACCGCCAGUGCUAUGCUAUUAACUUCCUCAUCAACAGCUGUACCAUUUUUUACCAAUAUUCUUAGCAGUGUUGUUGUCUUUCGAUGUUUUGGAUUAUUUGCCGGUAUCACGUUGGUAUUCAACUAUUUGCUGGAGAUAUCACUUCUUCCAGCAAUGCUUAUAUUCCAGGAUCGUUACAUUCAACGCUGCAUAUCAUGGCGUAUAUUUUCUAAACUUAAUUAUUUAAUGCGUGAUUUGCUACCCUUUGUUAUCAUUUCGGGUCGUUACAUUUGGAUCUUAUCUUUAACUGCUGUUGUUGCUGCUAUGACCUAUCUGACCUAUGCUAAUCUUCAAUUCCCACCAUAUAAUCCACUACAACUUUUCACUGAUUCCAACGAACAUGAAUGGUAUGAUAAUAAUGCGGAGAAGAACUUUGAAUUUGUCGCUAAUAAGCUUCAAAUUCCUAUCGCUGUUCGAUUAAUUUGGGGCUUGACACCACGUGCUUCACAAAAUAUCUUUCAACCCGAUAAGUUAACCUCAGUGCAGCAUGAUCCGAGAUUUUCACUACGAAAUAUAACCGAUAUACAGGAGCUAGCAUUAAAGCUACGUGGUUACAGGAAACUAAGUUUUGUUAAUCAUGAAAGCCAAUAUUGGCCAGAAAGAUAUCUUGUUUGGAGUGGUAAUUUUACCUGCGAACCAUCUAAAGUAUGUUGUAAUCUUUCUGAUUCAAAUUUUCAUGAGAACUUGACAGACUACUGUAUCCGGCUAUCAACAUCAUAUCUUUACACGCAGUAUAACGAUACACCAAUAUAUGACAAUACUACUUUCAACUUAGUUGGUUAUACGGCAUUGAUACCAACACAGCUCAAAUAUUCACAUCGAUUCAAGAAUCUAUCUCAUUCCUUUGAUCUAUUGCGACAUUCAUUUACUAAUAUGAAUCAUGGUGGAUGGUAUACUACAGAGUGGACAUUAAUUUGCAUAUGGUUUGAUUUACUAAAUUCGAUAAUUACCGAUUGUCGUCAAUCCUUGUUUCUGUCCUUUUCUGUUGUGGCGGUUUUUGCAUUUCUUCAUCUACGCAUUAAAUCACUGAUUGCAUUAACUACAAUCUGUUGUAUCGUCAUUGUAACGGUCGGUUGUGUGACAACACUAGGCUGGGUGAUCGGUGUUCUCGAAGCAAUCAUUCUGGUACUUGUCGUUGGUUUAUCAUUCGAUUUCACGCUACAUUAUGGUGCUUCUGUACCAAAUACUGGUUGCGGUAAGCAUCGUAUUUGGCUGGCAGCUCGUAAAUCGGUAAUUCCGGUCAGUUUAUCCGCUCUGUCAUCCUUUGCCGCCGGUAGUUCAAUGUUAAUCGCCGAAACACAUGCUUUUCAUCAAGUUGGUGUAUUUUUGGUAACAUUAGCCAGCGUUAGCUGGCUUUUUGCGACAUUCUUCUUCUUGCCGCUUCUAUCCUUUACAUUGCAAUCAAACGUGAGCUGUACAUUGUGUCGAGAAGAUUCCACCAUGCAAAUUAAUCUACCGAUGAAAGAAAAGUCGACCUUCAUGUAACAGUUAUUUGAGAAAUUG